AGGUCCGCCGCCCGACGCCAUAAGUGGGAACUUCCAGUAGGCCGAGCGUCCUAUCUCCUACCCCUCAUUUCGCAAUCUGUCGCAACCUUUGUGUAUACAUCGCCAUUCUCUUACAACUUCCUCCGCACUCGAUAUGGCCGACAUUCCCAUCCUCUCUCUUGAGGAGCAUUUCCUCGAUCCUGUCACUCGCAACUCUCAAACCGGCCCCGACCACUUUGCUAACUUUCCGGCUCCCACCAUGGACAAGCUUGGCAGCCUUGGCUCUACUCGCCUCGCCUCUAUGUCCAGCGCCGGUGUCGCACUUCAGGUCCUGAGCCACGUUCCACUUGACCCGACGCCUGAAGUCGCUGGGGCCACAAAUGACCGCUUGGCUGCUGCGAUAGCUGCUCAUCCCACUCGCUUCGCCGGCUUUGCAACCCUGCCGCUGUGCGAUCCCCACGCCGCCGCCGACGAACUGAAGCGCUGUGUGCAGACCUUGGGCUUCGCGGGCGCUCUCGUCGAUGCACAUCAUCGCGGCCGUACCUACGACGACAAAGAUUAUUGGCCUGUGUUCGAGGCGGCUCAGUCGCUCGAUUGUGUCGUCUACGUGCAUCCCGCCUUCCCUGCGGAGGGCGCCUGGGCAGAGCACUACGAGGGCAAUUAUGGAAAGGACGUUGCGAUGGCGCUGGGCGCCUUCGGGCUGGGCUGGCACUCGGAGACGGCCCUCGCCUUCCUGAAGAUGUUUGCGGCGGGCCUCUUCGAGGAGUUUCCUCGCAUCAAGGUUGUUCUGGGGCACAUGGGAGAGGGGUUGCCCUUCUUCUUGGAUCGCAUCUACAAGGCUGCAGCACGCUGGGGGCGGCAGCGGUCGCUCGAGGAGGUGUGGAACGAAAAUGUAUGGGUCACAACGUCCGGCAUCUUUAGCUUGGCACCGCUCAGCUGUCUGCUACAGACGACAAAGAUCGGGCGAAUCCUGUUCAGUGUGGACUACCCUUUCUCCGAGAACCAGCUGGGGCGCGACUUUUUGGUCAAGAUGCAGAAAAGCGGCCUCCUCACAAAGGAUGAGCUCGAAGGGAUUGCCUACCGCCAUGCCGAAACGUUGCUCAAGCUCAAAAUCGCAAGAGACUGAGCCUGUAGCUCUUGUCGAUGUGCUGGCACUCGAUCUUGGCCGUCACUGGGUAUGCGACUGUAGCUUUUAUUCUGUAGCAACGAAUGUUCAAGACCCAGCAAUACGGUUGCCCACAUCGCAUUGCAUCAGCAGUCUGCACACCUGAUCCGCCGCCCAAGAUGACAGGGAGGAUAGUCUACAUUACGCA